AUGUCGAAAAUCUCAACCCUAGACUAUGCUGCCCUUAAUCUCUCCAGAGACAACUAUUUGCAAUGGGCACUUGACACAAAGAUUAACUCGAGGUCAAAGGAACUCGGUGAUGCUAUCAUCGAGGGCAACAAUGAGACUGAUAAGAAUCGGUAUAGGGCUAUAAGUAUUAUACGCCACCAUCUCAUUGAGGGUCUAAAAGAUCAGUACCUCACCAUGGAGAAUCCACUAGACCUUUGGACCGCUUUACAGCGACGAUAUGAUCACCAGAAAACGGUGCUAUUACCAAAGGCUAAACAUGAGUGGAAGAAUCUCAGAUUUAUGGACUAUAAGCAUGUGGAUGAAUACAAUUCAGUAUUGUUUAAGAUAGUCUCAAUGAUGAGACUUUGUGGUGAGGAAGUAACCGAGAAAGAGUUGCUUGAUAAAACAUUCUCCACGUUCAAUUGGACGAACGUGUUGCUGCAACACUAUGGUCGUGGCCGAGGCAGUUAUGGCCAUGGUCGAGGCGGCAUAUCCAAACCGUCUAACUCGACCAAAUCAGCUUGUCACAGAUGCGCGAUGAGUAACCAUUGGGCCAAGAAUUGUAGAACCCCUAAACAUCUAUGUGAGCUCUAUCAAGAGAGCCUUAAGAACAAGAACCCAGAAGCCCAUAUGGUUCAUGAUACCGGGUAUGAUGCUGGUGAUGAUUCCGACCUUGAAAAGGACGACCUCUUGGAUUUUGAGACUUCUGAUUGUCUCAAAGACUAA